CAGCGCCGUUCACUCGCGCGCACUUCUACUUCGAACGUCAAACAUUACGCGCGCAACAAUACUUGGGCUCUACUUUUUUUUUGUGAAGAUAAAAUCGCGUGAUGGAGAAGGAGCAUCAACCAGACUCCAUGGCCACCAUUACCAUGAAGCCGGAGUACCCGCCUUCUGAAGUGUACAGCACGUCGGAGCCCCCACCGGCGUACCGACAAAGGGUAUCAUCAUCAGUACAAAUUGCCCGGAUCGCGGCGCUGACGGUGGUGGCGGCGUCCUUCAUCCUGGGCGCCUUCAUCCUCGCCUCCAGCUGGGUGGCGGCGCGCUCCUCCUGCCACCAGCUCGAGCAGCUCGAUGCCAUGCUAGACAAAGAGCUCGCUCUCGAAGGCCGGGCCUACGGCAAUGACGCCUUGCUGGCGGACGAGCCUCUACCUAUAAACAAUGCACACGCACUGCACGGCGUGCCGCCGCCGUCCGCGGUCCCGGAGCUAUCGUCGGCGCCUGCGCAGCCGAGCCAGGCCGCGCCCGUCGCCGGCAGCCAGCUCAAAGACGACGCACUCAACCAUGCCGAGUCUAAAGUUGAUGAAGAAAAAUUACAGAAAAUAGACGACGAAAGGAACGAUUCCCCGAACUCUGCCAGCGAGGACAGCUCGGAGUCUGACAGCUCAGCGGAGGAGGAAGAUGAGCUAGACGCGGUGCGGCCCAUGUUUAAACUGCCCAUACAGUUCGACCUUGAUGAGCUCGCCGGCGCCUUCCUCGCGAACAACCAGAAGGGUCGCAUGAACUGUGUGGUGGAGAAGCGUCGCGACGACCCCAUGGAGAGACGAUUCCCCUUCAACAUUCUUGGAGCAUUCGCGCCACGCAGCGCCCACGCUGAGCGCAUCGCCAUCAUCUGCCACGGAGGAGACGAACCCAGGCCCAUGAGCUUUCCUGAGCCGCAGUCGCAAGUGUUCGCGUUCCCGCUGACUGGUCCCGUGCGACUCCCCCUGAGGCCGCAGCCGGAGCGCGCACCAGCUCCUCCUGCCGCCGCCGCGCCGCCACCAGCUCCGCGUCUCCCGCCCUUCGCACCCCUCGCGCACAGACCAGCGCCUUUCCCCUUACCCAUGCCAUGGGACUCCUCGGAGGAGCAGAUGGGCGGGCCCCGUGAGAUGCGCAUCCACGUGCAGCGCGUGAUCGCUAUCCCUGCGCCCCACAACAUGCCCCCGCCGCCCGAGUCCAUGGGGCCCUUCGCCCCUCCCCCACCCCCACAGAACCAGGACCAGAACGAGGUCAGUUACUACUCACAACCCACCGGACUCCAUCAGUUUGUUCCCCAAUCUGCGCCCACGCAGGAACUUGACCAGUCUGAGGUCUAUGCUCAGGUCCAAAAGAUCCCGAUGGACGGCUCAGCGGUCCAAAUGAACCUGCCCUGGAACCUGAGCCCAGAGGAGUUGCACAUGAUCCACCGCACAGCUGAGGACGCCGCCGCCAACCAGCGCCGCGACCAACAGAUCGACAACGACAUGCAGGAGGAUAUCUCAUUACAGGUUAAGACGAUAGUCAAGACGCUGGCGGCGGCAGCGGAGGCGGAGGCGGAGGCGGAGGCGCGCGCGCAGGCGGAGGAGCAGGCGGGCGAGCCCCGCGCGGACAUGCCCGCGCCGCGACCCCCGCGCACGCUGCUGCUGCCUCAGGACAUGCCCAUGCCCACUGACGAGAGGCCACAUUACUUGCAGCCUCGCUCAGUCCGCAGCGUGGACGCUUUGGUGAAUAGCGAAAAGCGUGUGAAGCGCUGCGCGUGCAGCUGCGACUAAGCGCGCGCUCGCCGGCGCGUGCGCGUGCGCACCGCGCGCCGCCGCUCUCCGUCCAUUUUCAAUCUCAAAUAUUUUGUAACAGUUAAUGAAACCUGUUAGUUUAACAUAAUAACGGCUUGUCUCUAACAUUUCUGUAAAUAAAGUUGUUAAUCCAUGAGCUUCCGAUAGUGGUUUUUAAUUACCUGUCGCUGCAUAGAGGUUGUAUUUAUGGGAAAUUUUACUGUUUGUUAAAUAAUUAUAAAUUUUAUAGUUCGUUUUUCUGUUUCGAUGUACCUAUGAAUUACUAUUUAUCGACUGUUUACGUCUUGAGAAUGCAAUAUGUAAGGUAUAAUAAUAGUUUUAACAUUAGGUACGUAUGUAUAGGUACAUAUGUACAUGUUGUAAUUGUGAGGGUAGGAGGAGGUCGGCGAUGCAAUAUCCAUCUGCAAGAUUAAAUUCGCAACAUCGAACACAUUCCGCUGUGUUUGUGGUACAUAUAUUGGUUUUCGAGAAAAUAUCUUUUGAAUUAUUAAGAUAAGAAUAUCUGCAUUUGUUUGGGUUAGAAAAUGCAUUUAUUUCUGGAGGAACUCUUAAACCUUUUGCAUAAACCUUGCUCCUUAAUUAACUAGUGGUGAUAUUGUAAAAUUAAAAUCAACUUGUAUUCUAUUAUUGUGAUCCUAAAUUAAAUUUUUACUAGAUUUAU